AUGGAUAUUGUUGUUUCUUUUGUUGCUUCUGCACCAUUUACACCUCCACCUACACCUCCCAGAAGCACUACUUUACUUAAUAAAAACUCAUCAAAUGGCUCUCGAACACCGCUACUUGCCCCCACACUGUCUUCGGUUCUUCCUGCAGAGGAACCAGACUCAACUAACGUUGUAAAUCAGUUUCCGUUACUUGAUACUGACACUGCUACGGCGGCCACUACUACAAUAUCACUAGAAUCUCCUUUAACACCAGAUUCGAAUGUGGCAGAAAAUUAUACUCAAGAUGAUAAAGAUUUAUUAUUAAAGAAUUCAAAUGAGAGCUCUGUAGAAAAUAAGAGUGUGUCUACUGAUCAUACAGAACAAGGACUAUUGAAUGAAAAAGAAACCGAGCUUGACUCAGGCCAACAAAUAUCAAAUUUUGGGCUAUGGGACUAUGUAAAAGAGGAAAUUACUGCUUUAGAUUUUGAACCUUCGGAGGAAAUGACCACCGAGAGGGUUACAAACUUUCUGACAAUUCCAAUAGCGAUGGAAAAGCUGAUGAUAUUUGGGGUGUGUUUGUGUCUGGAUUCAUUUUUAUACACGUUUACUUUUCUCCCGUUAAGAUUUAUUAUUGCUUUAUAUACUUUAUUUAUUGGGAUUUUUAGACGUUUAAAAAAUGGAAUAACAGAAAGUUUGACUUUGUCACAACAAUGUGAUUUAUUGAAAGGAUUACUAGUUAUUUUUGUUUGUCUAGCCCUUCAACGAGUUGAUGCAGCCCAAAUGUAUCAUUCGAUUCGGGGCCAGGCAGUAAUUAAGUUAUACGUCAUUUUCAACGUUCUUGAGAUUCUCGAUCGACUUUGCUGCUCUUUUGGCAGCGAUAUCCUGGACUCGUUAUCUUGCAAAUCCACUUUGGCGGGUCUAUCACUUAAUAUGGCUCAUACAAUGAUUAUGAGUUAUCAAGUGAUCACGUUAAAUGUUGCCAUAAACUCAUACUCGAAUGCCUUGCUUACACUAUUGUUAUCCAAUCAAUUUAUCGAAAUUAAAAGUUCGGUGUUUAAAAGAUUUGAAAAAGAGAAUUUGUUUCAGUUGAGUUGUGCAGAUAUAGUGGAAAGAUUCCAACUUGCGCUCUUUCUCACAAUAAUAACGGUUCGAAAUCUGAUCGAACUUUCCGGAUCGCCACCAUCAACAUCCUCCAAUCUGCCAACCUCGUUUUUCCCGUUGUUUCCAAAAAUGACAACAAUCGAAACAUUAUUGACCCCUGUUUUUAUUGUGAUGGCUUCCGAAUUCCUCGUCGACUGGUUGAAACACGCGUUUAUUACAAAGUUUAAUCAGAUCCGACCGAGUGUUUAUGAUAAGUUUGUGGACGUGCUUUGUUGCGACGUGAUUACUGAAAAGUACAAUAGAAGAAACACUGUUGAUAGAUCUCCGAACGUGGCUCGAAGAAUUGGAUUUGCCCCUCUGCCAUUAGCAUGUUUGAUGAUUACCGUGGCUAUUCAGACUAUCACCAUGAUCACUGACUGGAGUUUAGAUAUGGAUGAUGAGCUUAGUAAUGCGCCUAUUGCAGUAUUUUCGCGUAGUUCAUGGAUCGCAUGCGGAUCUACUUUUUUCUGCAUCCUCGUAAUCCUUAAGAUCUUUAUUGGCACAAAAUUACUAAUAUUUUCAAAUCAGCGUGAAGCGACCCGAAAAAAUCGUCCACGAGAUGACGAGCAUCACAUAGAACAGAAAAUCACAGAGGAAACAAUAGAAAAGCAACAAAUCUUGAACGACCCUAAAGACAAUUUUGCAGGGCAAUCAAAACCCAAAAUAACAUUUGACAAUAUCGAGCGGUACAUGAUAUUUAAAAGUCGAAUUCCAUAA